UAUGUCGUUGAGAGCCAUUCUGCGUCCUUUCCCUUCAAAGGUGAAAUUGCUCCAAAUGCAAACAUUACCACACGCAAGGCUUCGUUCUGCAGAAGUUUUAAACGGCUCAUGGCUCAGAACCUUGAGCGUCCGAGCAUUCUCAUCAUCUGAUUAUGGGGACCAGUCACGUGGCGGCCUCCCGCGUUUCUACUCCGAAGUUCUUCCUCCUUCCAAGGGUAAUAUUGUGCGCGUACAAGGUGAUGAAUUCUGGCACAUGACAAAAGUUUUAAGAUUGAGCGCCAAUGAUAGGGUAGAGCUCUUUAAUGGGAAAGGAGGUUUAGUGGAAGGGCGCAUACAGAACAUUGAUCGUACAGGACUUGAUUUUGUAGCUUUGAAUGAUCCAAAGUUAAUACCUCCGCAAAACGCUCAAUGGCAUGUGUUUGCAGGCUUUGGUACUCUGAAAGGUGGUCGGGCUGACUGGCUUGUAGAGAAGUGUGCGGAACUUGGAGCCAGUAGCGUAACUCCUCUCUUGACUGAACGUUGUCCAUCAAUAUCAGAAAAUCGGGUAGACAGAUUGGAACGUGUCAUUUUAGCAGCAUCUAAACAAUGCCAAAGGCUGCAUGAAAUGGUCCUGAAACCUCCAAUAGAGAUUGAUGACCUUUUGCAUCUUAUCGCACAAUCCAAGCUCUCUCUCCUUGCAGCAGCCAAGGCAGCUCCUGUUCUUGGUGCAUUGACGUCAUCACAGGAAACUAGUGGCUUGAUCAUAAUUGGACCAGAAGGAGACUUCACAGAGAAGGAAGUCAAUAUGAUGAUAGAGGCGGGUGCUACUACUGUUGGUCUAGGGCCACAUCGACUUCGGGUUGAAACUGCAGCAAUAGCGCUUUUGGCUACUGUCAUCAUGUGGUCUGACGCUCAGAGAAAUUCUGUCUCUUGACUCAUUACCACAGUGUAAUAGUGUUGCAUCCAUCUAAUUGUUCUACUGUUUGGGACUGAAUUAAAGUACGACUUAUCAAUGCAGAACCCAGAUCAAUUUGCUUGCAAACUGCAAGGGAAUUAUGUGUUAUGAGUCCCAUAUUGGGGAGCCUCAUAAGUGUGAUGGGGUUUAUAAUUUCAAGGAACGCUCCCUCCUAGUAAACUAGUUUUUUAGGAUUGGACUUUCUCUUUAGACUUGUGCAAUGACAUUAUAUCACACUCACACUUGCUGCCAAAAUCAUUCAGGACAUAAGUAAUUUGAACACCUCUUGCAAAAGAACUUUUUCAUUCUUGCCGCCAAAAUCUUGCUGAAAAUAACGCAUAAACAUGUAAAUAUGUGAAGGGUCAGUCCUGUUCAAAAGUAUUCCCGAUAUAAUAUAUUUAAUCUACUCACCUUCCAUAAACUGGGGUUUACGAAAGAUAAAUUUUUAAAAAAGAAAAACUCGAGAGUAUAUUGAGUCUUGAUAAGAUUAGGAAAAUGAUAAGAUUGAUUAUUGCCUUUGAAAGGAAUAGAUUAUCAUUUGUUUUUCUUCUGGUAAAUAUGUGAAACAUCGAUUCACGCUUGAACUGAAACAAUGAUCAAAGAAAACGUGUCUACGUUAGACCCAGUUAUGAUCUGAGGCCAUUCUCAUUUGAAUGAUGAAAUUUAUGGCAUCUAGUGUUUUGUCCUUGUUCUGCCCUCAGGCUUUUAAAAAUAGAAAACGUCCUUGUU